GAGGAGGAGGUGGAAGCUUAAGGUUCGUCUCGGAGCAGAGGCCCCCGCUUUUCCGGGCUUAGCCGCCAUGAGGGGCCCUUUGUGAGGGAUGAACGCUCGAGAGCACGGGGGCAAAGGCUGGAGGUCAGCCCCGCAAACCAGGAUCGGUUUGGCAAACACCGGUUCGACAGGAUAUUACCAAAGAGAACCCCCGGCCCACGUUGAUACGCCGAUCAACUCUUCCUAGAAGAAGAAAAGAGGAGGAGGAGGAGGAGGAGGAGAGAAGGAGGGGGGGGAAGCGUACCUCAUAAGCUUUAAAUCAGCUUCCCUUGGUCUUCUUCGCUACAGAGGGAUUUGCCAGAUAUUUAUAAUCAGGGUGUUGAGAGAAAGUGAGUCGCCUUCCGCUCCGCGAGGAGAUGCGUAACGGAUUCGGGAUGAGCGGGAAGCACGGCUCCUGCCUCCUCUUCCUGAGCAGGAUGGGGGUGAUCCUGGGUCUGCUGGUCCCACUGGCGAGGGGCAUGUCCUGCCCCUCGUCCUGCCGCUGCGACGGGACCUUCAUCUACUGCAACGACCGCGGCCUCACCUCCAUCCCGCUGGGGAUCCCCGAGGACGCUACCAUCCUGUACCUGCAGAACAACCGCAUCAACAGCGCCGGCAUCCCCGGGGAGCUGCGCCGCCUUGUGCAGGUGGAGAAGAUCUACCUGUACUGCAACAACCUGCAGGAGUUCCCCACCAACCUGCCGCGCAGCGUCAGGGAGCUCCACCUGCAGGAGAACAACGUGCGGACUAUCACCCACGCCUCGCUGGGGCAGAUCCCCUUCAUCGAGGAGCUGCACCUGGACGACAACUCCGUGUCGGCCGUCAGCAUCGAGGAGGGCGCCUUCCGCGACAGCAACCACCUCCGGCUGCUCUUCCUGUCGCGGAACCACCUGAGCUCCAUCCCCCUGGGGCUGCCCAUGACCAUCGAGGAGCUGCGCUUCGACGACAACCGCAUCUCGGCCAUCUCCGAGGAGGCCCUGCAGGACCUCAUCAACCUCAAGCGGCUGGUGCUGGACGGCAACCUGCUCAACAACAAGCGCGUCGGCGAGAUGGCCUUCGUCAACCUGAUCAACCUGACGGAGCUGUCGCUGGUGCGCAACUCCCUCACCUCCCCGCCCGCCAACCUGCCCGGCACCAGCCUGGAGAAGCUCCAGCUCCAGGACAACCACAUCAACCGGGUGCCGCCGGCGGCGUUCGCCUUCCUGCGGCAGCUCUACCGGCUGGACCUGUCGGGCAACAACCUGAGCAGCCUGCCGCUGGGCGUCUUCGACGACCUGGACAACCUGACGCACCUGCUGCUGCGCAACAACCCGUGGCAGUGCGACUGCGGGAUGAAGUGGGUGCGCGACUGGCUGCGCUCGUUGCCCUCCAAGGUCAACGUGCGGGGCCUGAUGUGCCAGGGCCCCGACAAGGUCAAGGGCAUGGCCAUCAAGGACCUGGCGACGGAGCUGUUCGACUGCGAGGGGUCCGAGGCCGCGCCGCCGACCUACGAGACCGCCACCGUCUCCAACAACCUUCCGCCGUCCCGAGGACAGUGGCCCUCGUUCGUCACCAAAAGACCCGUCGUCAAGGCGCCGGAUUUAAGUAAACAUUACCGAGGGACUACCCCGUCGGGGAAGAAAAUUACCAAUAUCGUGGUGAGGUCGGCCGGGGCGGAGACGGUGCACAUCUCCUGGGAGGUGGCCCAGCCCAUGACCGCCCUGCGACUGAGCUGGCUCCGAAUGGGACACAGCUCCUCGUUCGGCUCCAUCACCGAGACCAUCGUCCAGGGGGAGAAGACGGACUACCUGUUGACCGCCCUCGAGCCGGACUCCUCGUACCGGAUCUGCAUGGUUCCUAUGGAAACCAGCAACGUUUACCUGUCCGACGAGACGCCCGUCUGCAUCGAGACGGAGACAGGGUCACCGAGGGCCUACAAGCCCACCACCACCCUCAACCGGGAGCAGGAGAAAGAGCCUUACAAAAACUCCAGCCUGCCCCUGGCGCCCAUCAUCGGAGGAGCCGUGGCGUUCCUGGCCAUCAUCGUCCUGGCGCUGGUGUGCUGGUACGUCCACCGGAACGGCUCUCUGUUUUCCAGGAACUGCACCUACAACAAGGGCCGGCGGAGAAAAGACGACUACGCGGAGGCGGGCACCAAGAAGGACACCUCCAUCUUGGAGAUCCGAGAGACCUCGUUUCAGAUGAUCCCGAUAAACCACGGGAUCGUUUCGAAGGAGGAGUUUAUAAUACACACGAUUUUUCCGCCAAACGGCUUGAGUCUGUACAAGAGCCCCCACGCCGACAACAACAGCUGCAACAGGAGUUACAGAGACAGUGGAAUACCAGAUUCAGAUUACUCCCAUACAUGAUACCGGAAACCCGGCUGUGUGAGACUUCUUGUACCGCAAAACAUGUGACGCAGAAACUGAUGGGUCUCGGGCAAAAACACUGGAUUCGAAAAAGACUGAAGUCGCAAUGUUCUGUACAUUUUCCAUAUUUAUAUUUAUGGACUUUAUACUGAGGAAAAAAAAAAAGGUUUAGAUUGCAGGUAACUACCUUGCAGUCAGUGUAUAUUGCCACUAACUGCGAUUCUAUAUUUUAGAAAUUUGUAGUAAUUUGCACUGUAUUUUCUUUGCUCGAGAUUUCUGACCAAUUAAAGGUGUUCUACUGAAAAAUGACUUGUCAACUGUGAAAGUGGGUUUUUAUUAUCGUUGUUGAACAAUCAGACUUCUUGAGAUUAGAAGUUAAAGGAAAAAAAAAACUCAUGUAAGCACAGGUAAUUUUUCACUUGCUAUGGAUAACGGUCAGAAAAAUGAAAGUGAUAAAUGUGACAAAAUCAGGUCAAGUCGUCAAAAGCAUGAAAAACUACGGCUACGGUCAUUUCCUGUUCCUGAUGACAAGUAGAUGAGGAGAUGGUGAUAUCUCUCUAAAAAGUUUGGGGUUUUCAUGAGGAAUUCUGAGUUCUAAGUACAAAGACAUUUCCGAGAUCGUUUCCGCUUCGUUUCUGCAUUUUUCAUCGGCGGAAAUAGAUUCGUCGUUAAGUGGUCACUGCUUUUGGGGAGCCAAGACGCGGCACAGGUAGUGGGCCAUAAAAAAAUAUUAAGGAGCAGACUACGAUCACAUGCCACAGUGAACUUCAUAUUAUAGCACAGGGCAAAAUAAGCACACAGACCAUUGUAAGGCAAAGCUAUUCUUAAAGGGGAAUGGGCGAGCUGACACAGAAGAUUAAUAAAUUUGUAGAGUUAAAAUCAAAACUGCAAUGCAGCACCAUUGUAUCAUAUGUAAUUGUAAACACUGCCCUUUAAGAGUACACACACAACUGUAUAUUGGGGCAGAAGAAAAUUAAUGGUAGGAAAUUGUAAUUAGUACUUUUUUGGAUACAGUGUCAGCUGUUACAUUUCUAUUUUAAAUUUUUUCUUUAUUUCUUUUCAUUUCUUUUCUUUUUAAGCCACAUUUUGUUGCCGGGAUUCAAAGGUAUGUGUUCUUUAUAACUGAAAACCAAAGUGCAUUGUUUGCCCUUUGGCUAGUCUUGUAUGUGCCUUGAUCCGAUGCUUAUUGUAUUUAGCUUUUUUGGAAAUCUGUGAUUUUUUUUUUUUUUUCAUACACACUUGAAUAUGAUAAAAAAAUAUUGGUCAUAUUGCUGAAUAAAA